AUGCCAGCGGUUCCACAGAUCCUGUUGGUUCCUCUGGAAGAGCUGGAGAGAGCAGAACUGAAGAGGUUUCAGUGGUACCUGACUACAGAGAAUGCGCUAGAAGGCUUCUCUCACAUCCCAAAGGCUCAGCUGGAGAACACUGAUGUACAGGACAUGGUGGAUAAGAUGGUGGACAGAUACAAACCAAGAGGUGCUGUGGAGAUCACACUGCUCAUCCUGAGGAUGAUGGAGCAGAAUAACCUGGCUGAGAAGUUAGAGAGUAAACUCAGGGAAGGUAACACAGCUCACAUGAUACUUACCACACAAAUCGAUUAUGAAGCUGUCAAAAUCAAAAUGAAGUCCAGUCUGAAAGAGAAAUAUGAGCGCAUUUUGGAUGGAACAUCAGUGAGGGGCCAUAGAAAGUUCCUGAAUGAUAUCUACACUGAUCUCUACAUUGUGGAGGAUGAGACUGGAGGAGUCAUUCACGAACAUGAGAUUAUGCAGGCUGAGGCAUCAGCUAAAAGAUUUACUACAGAGGAAACUCCACUCACAUGCAGUGACGUUUUCAAAGUCCCAUCUGAUCCAAGUCGAAGAAACAGAAAAGUGCUGACUAUGGGAAUCGCUGGAGUGGGCAAAACUGUCUCGGUGAACAAAUUCAUUCUGGACUGGGCAGAGGGAAAGAACAACCAGGACAUAGAUUUUAUUUUCCCUCUUCUUUUUCGUGAGCUGAAUUCAAUGAAAGAUAAAAACUACAGCCUGACAGAGUUGCUUCAUGAACAUUUUGAAGAUUCUGCUGAAAUGAGAUCUCUACCAGGUGGUGACGGUAAAGUUAUGUUCAUUUUUGAUGGACUUGACGAAUGCCGUUUUCUUCUUGACUUUACCGAGAAAGAGAAAUUGAAAAACAUUGAUGAGAAAACCUCAGUGGGUAGACUAAUAACCAAUUUAAUCAAGGCAAAUCUGCUUCCCUCUGCCCUCGUCUGGAUAACCUCCAGACCAGCAGCAGCCCAUCAGAUCCCUCGAGACUACAUUGACCAAGUGACUGAAGUACGAGGAUUCAGUGACGAACAAAAGGAAGAAUAUUUUAGGAAGUACAGUGACAAGGACCAGGAUAUGGCCAAAAAAAUGAUCUCACACAUAAAGAAAUCAAGGAGCAUCCACAUUAUGUGUCACAUACCAGUCUUCUGUUGGAUAUCAGCCACUGUGCUUCAGCCAAUGCUAGCCAAAGGUACCAGUGAAGAACUUCCCACAACACUGACGGGGAUGUACGUACAGUUUCUGAUUUUCCAAACAGAUCAAAUGAAAGAGAAAGAUGACGCUAAGAACAUCAAUAAAAAGAGAAAACAAGAUAAGGCUGAACACAUCAUCAUGAAGCUUGGAAAGUUGGCCUUCCAUCAGCUGGAAAAGGGUAAUGUGAUAUUCUAUGAGGAAGACCUGAGAGAGUGUCGCAUUGAUGUCAGUGAGGGUUCAGUGCACUCGGGAGUUUGCACACGGAUAUUCAGUAAAGAGCAGGGAGUCUGCAAGACAAUGGUGUUCAGCUUUGUGCAUCUGAGCGUUCAAGAAUUUCUUGCUGCCGUCUACGUGUUUCUCUCACAUCGAAACAAGAAAAAGAACCCGCUUUAUCCAAACACAGUUGAGAACAGACUGAAAUGGCUGUUUAAGAGCACAAAAGCUAUUUAUGAAUCUGCUAUAGGCAAGGCUUUAGAGAGUGAGAACGGACACCUGGACCUUUUCCUCCGCUUCCUUCUUGGCCUCUCUCUGGAAUCCAAUCAGAGACUCCUGAAAGAACUACUGCCACAAACAGUGAUCAGAGCAGUGAGUGUGGAGAAAACAGUCCACCACAUAAAGGAAAAACUAAACGGCAACAUCCCAUCAGAGAGGAGCAUCAAUCUCCUCUACUGUCUGAAUGAACUGAAGGAUGACUCCCUCGUGCAUGAAAUUGAAAAUUACUUGAGCUCAGGACAUGUCUCAACAGAGAAACUGUCAUCUGCACAGUGGUCAGCUCUGGUCUUUGUCCUGCUGAUGUCAGAGGAGACCCAAGAAAAGUUUGAGCUGAAGAAAUACAGAGGAUCAGAUGAAGGGUUGAAGAGAUUUCUGCCAGUGCUGAAAAACACCAAACAGGCUAAACUUGCUUUCUGUAAUCUCACUGAGAAGUCCUGUUUAUCUGUAGCCUCAGUUCUACAGUCAGCAAACUGUCCCCUGAGAGAACUAGACCUUAGUAAUAAUGACCUUCAGGAUUCAGGAGUGAAACUGCUUUGUGCAGGAUUGAAGAAUCCAAACUGUAAACUGGAGAUACUGAGACUUGCUAACUGUAAAUUCACUGAACAGUCCUGUGAAGCUGUAGCCUCAGUUCUACAGUCAGUAAACUGUCCCCUGAGAGAACUGGACCUGAGUAACAAUGACCUUCAGGAUUCAGGAGUGAAGUUUCUCUGUGUUGGACUGGAGAAUCCACACUGUAAACUGGAGAUACUGAGGUUGUCUGGCUGUUUAGUGACAGAGGAAGGCUGUUCUUCUCUGGCUUCAGCUCUGAGUUCAAACCCCUCACACCUGAGAGAGCUGGAUCUGAGCUACAAUCACCCAGGAGACUCAGGAGUGAAGCUGCUCUCUGACAGAGAGAAGGAUCCACACUGUCAACUGGACACAUUCAAACUUGCUUUCUGUAAUCUCACUGAGAAGUCCUGUUUAUCUGUAGCCUCAGUUCUACAGUCAGCAAACUGUCCCCUGAGAGAACUAGACCUGAGUAACAAUGACCUUCAGGAUUCAGGAGUGAAACUGCUUUGUGCAGGACUGAAGAAUCCAAACUGUAAACUGGAGAUACUGAGACUUGCUAACUGUAAAGUCUCUGAACAGUCCUGUGAAGCUGUAGCCUCAGUUCUACAGUCAGUAAACUGUCCCCUGAGAGAACUGGACCUGAGUAACAAUGACCUUAAGGAUUCAGGAGUGAAGUUUCUCUGUGUUGGACUGGAGAAUCCACACUGUAAACUGGAGAUACUGAGGUUGUCUGGCUGUUUAGUGACAGAGGAAGGCUGUUCUUCUCUGGCUUCAGCUCUGAGUUCAAACCCCUCACACCUGAGAGAGCUGGAUCUGAGCUACAAUCACCCAGGAGACUCAGGAGUGAAGCUGCUCUCUGACAGAGAGAAGGAUCCACACUGUCAACUGGACACACUCAAUGUGGAUCAUGGAGCAGAAUUCAGGAUCAAACCAGGAUUAAAAAAAUAUGCCUGUGAUCUGACACUGGACCCAAACACAGCAAACACACGCCUCUGUCUGUCUGAGGGGAACAGAAAGGCGACAUGGAAAGAGAAACAGUUGUAUCCUGAUCAUCCAGAGAGAUUUGAUAGUUGGUGUUUUCAGGUCAUGUGUAGAGAGAGUCUGACUGGACGCUGUUACUGGGAGACUGAGUGGAAUGGAGGUGCAGCUAUAUCAGUGACAUAUAAAGGAAUCAGGAGGAAAGGACGGCGUGAUGACUGUUGGUUUGGACACAAUGAAAAGUCCUGGAGUCUGAUCUGCUCUGGUAACAGUUACACUGCCCUUCACAAUAAACAGAGAACUGACAUACCUGCCCCCCCCUCACACACACACAGAGUAGGAGUGUAUCUGGACUGGUGGUCUGGAACUGUGUCCUUCUACAACAUCUCCUCUGACACACACACACUCACACACUUACACACAUUCCACUGCACAUUCACUGAACCCCUCUAUGCAGGGUUUACAGUUUAUGGCUCCUCAGUGUCUCUGUGUCAUAUAAAAUAA